UUCAACAAAAGCCAGUUCCCCCAGUGCUUUCAACAAGAUGUCCACGGCUUCCUAAGGAAGCUCAGUGAGAGAGCAGACCUCGGUGAGCUAGGGAACUCCAGCAAGCUAGGACACUCACUGCUGAAAUUCAGCUUUGGCUUGGCCUUAUUCCAGCUGGAAGUUUCAGUUACUAGCACAAGAAGCACAAUUAAAGAAUUUAGAAUAAUCCAGAUUGGAAAGUCUCUAGUCCAACCUCUUCCCAGCUGGGUCAGCUGUGAAAUCACACCGUGCCACUCCGGGCUUUAUCCAGCUGGGUCUUUAAAACUUCUGAGGUUGACAAGGUUGAAAUUGAAUGAUUUAGUGGCUGGAGAAACUUGAGUAUCCUGUUGUUUCGAUCCCGGAACAGCCUCUGAUGUUAAAACUAACUAUUUCUCAGAUCAGAUUAAAUAGAAUUAUUGUACUAAAACUGCACCUUCAGAAUGGCAGCAGCAUAAAGCUUUGGUGACAUUUGCUUCAUUUUGGAGUGCAUUGUUAGCACAAAAUUUUCCAAAAUAUUGACUGCACCAAGUCAGAGGUCAAACAUGGACUGUCCCUCGAAUACCAUCACCAAAUCUGGACUAAAUCAGAGCAAUUUCAUAAUGAGAUCGGCCCUUUUCUACAUACAAAUAUCCUGAGUUCAGUACUUCUCUCCAAACCAGUUCAUAUUUUCCUCCUCCUAUCAGCUCUCACAGCAGUCCAGCUGUCCUGUUUUCUCCAUCUCAAUUAUAAUUAUUUUACACAUAGAUAAUAUCUUUCGUUAGAAUCAUUGCAGUUAUUGAAUGGGAUAUAUAAACAACAUUGAAAGAUAACACCCCAAAUUAUUUGAGGAUAAAAAGUAUGGGAUUUUUUAGGAAAAGCAUAACACUGGAGCACUUUCAAGAUUUCCACUUGGAAAAAAAUGUUACGCAAAGAGCUUUAUUGCACUUGACUGGGCUUGUGCUCUUUCCAUACCUUUUUUCAGUUGAUUGCAAUAGACAGGAUUGGAAUUGAAUGGCUUUACCUCCCACCCAGGGGGAAAAAUUAACAGACUCUUCUCACCUUGGACUCAUUGUUAUUAAAAUAACUAACAGAACAACUUUUUUUUUUCCAUUUUUCCUAACAUAAUUGAUGUAAAUGCCUUAACCAUAACUGCAGAGCAAUGGCUGUCAUUCCAUGGUGUGCUUCAAGUUUGCAUGCCAAAGGGUCUCUGAAAAUUCCACUUUUGAGAUGUAAUAACAACGUAACUUUUCCUUAUUGCUGUAAUUCCUGGCAAAUUAGGGAGUUGAUUUGCAUUAAAAUAACCUUUUCUUUUUGCAAGGUUAUUUUUGUCGCAGCCAAUUUCCUCGAUCUGGUUCAACAUGAAGCCUCAUGAAACUGAACCCUGUAACUGCGAGGGCAGCCGCAGGGCGCAAAGGGACAGUGGAGGGUGAAUGAAGAACAGGAAAUGUUUAAGCUAACAUUGCCGCAAAAAGUGUCCACCGUUCUACAACCUCGAAAGGGCUAAAGCCCAUUAGAGAGUCAUUAUAGAAAGACUGGAAAUUAAAAAUUAAAGUCAUGGGGUCAGUAAAAGCAGAACAUUUUAGGAAUGUUUCAGAUUCUUCCUCUAUCUCUCCCUCCUCAGUAAAACAGGAUUAAAAGGACGUUUUGAGUAACCUUCAAAGCAUGUUUCAGGGAUGCCACAAGAGUCACAUAAUGUUACCUUUUGUUAUUCAGUCAGACAAACCCCUUCCAAGGCCAAAGAAAGGGGUAAAAGGGGUCCCACUGGGCUUGGAUGAGAUGGAAACAAGAGACUGGGGACAGAUGACAAAGAUGUUUUUUUUCAGUAGUAAAGAAAGAAGAGCAGGUUGAAGUAGAAGCUUUGAAAAUAAGCCUUAUGGAUAAGGUAUAGAAUUUAUGAGGAGGAUGUUUUACCUGUAUUUUUGUUGACACUAAAUUCCAAAAAUAAGAGUCCGACACAGAAUACGACUUCAGUCUUUCAGCACACCUGGCGAGCAAUGCCUCUGCUUAUGCUGUCCCAUCACGUGUGCUUCAGGCCUGCUAGACUUGUAGGUGUGGAGCUAAAGGAGAAAACCUGCAUUGAGAUUGUUUUGUUAUAACCUCUUACUAAAUAAAAAACCUCCAUUUCCUUGCAAACAGACAUCAACCUUGAACCACAUCCUCCAAAGCUGUUAAAAUGAAACCUACCUCUCCUUGUCCAGCUAAUACCUGUCAGAAAGUCACAAAUGAGGCAGUUUAGGGGAAGUUUUGGAGCCUCUUAACAACCUCUUGAGUCAAUCAGGUUUACACACCAAGCUCCUGAGAAAGCAGAAGCAGUAUUACAUAGAGUCAGCAGGACACAGGCUUCUCUGCAUGCAGCACACAGCGGAGGAUGGCCUUUACCUAUGGCAGCUUUUAAAUUCCUCCUAUUUCUCAUUUCAGUCACAGCAGAUCUGUCAGGCAGAUAUGUUUUUUCUUCUUGCAGCUCUGACAGCUCCUCUGUUGCGUUUUCUAUAGCUUUUACUCGAGCACGAAGAAGCAAGGCUGCCAGACUGACAGGCACCGCCGGGGAACACUCGGCUGCCCAAGCUGGGCUCAGAGGUGUCAGGAAGACAAACCCCCACAGAAAACCACAUAGCAUCCAAGCAGCCUGGCUCUGCACAGGAACAGAGAUUUAGAGGAGAGGCUGCGGCAAGUUUUGGGUGUUUUGUUAUUUCUUUCUAUACCUGACCUGUCUUCUAAGAAAACACCACCUCAGAAGUGUGCCCGUGCUCCUCUCCGUUUGUGGCCACUCACUCAAAACCAUGUUUGUCCUCCCAGAUUUUCCAUUCCAUGCCACUGACACCCAGCUGUAUAUGAAGCUGUAUGCAUGUACCGCAAGCCAGCUGUGAGUAUCUGAAAACACUUUUGGCCACUGACAGCAGUUAAACCAGAAAUGGUUUCCAUCACAACCGAAAAUGUUACACAGCUUUACAACACCACGGCCACCCAGGAGCUCACAGUCACUCCAGCGAAUUUCCACAAUAAUUCAGGAGUACAUCAGACAAAUCCAUAUAAAUGCAUUAAUCCAGAUGCAUGGCAAUGGCUACAGGAUUUCCAGCCCGGAUUCCUCUGGUUUAUAUUUAUUCUGGGAGGAAUAGAAAAUUCCUUUGUCCUCAUCGUCCUGUGUUUCCACAAGAGUCGCUGCACAGUGGCCGAAAUUUACUUAGCAAACAUGGCACUUGCUGACCUAUUGUUAGUCUGUACUUUACCUUUCUGGGCCAUUAAUAUUUCUAAUAAUUUUCAAUGGCCUUUUGGCCUAUUCCUCUGUAAAGCUGUCAACAUAAUGAGUAACAUGAACUUUUAUUCUAGCAUUUAUUUCCUGACACUAGUGAGCAUCGACCGCUAUCUGGCCUUGGUGAAAACCAUGUCUCUUGGACGGAUGCGACGAACUGCCUGUGCCAAAUGGAAUAGCUUUGUAGUCUGGAUGUGCGCGUUGCUCAUAUGUUCACCUGCAAUGGUGUUCCGGAAUUUAAAGUUUUAUGAAGAAUACAACAUCACAGCCUGCGGUCUUGUUUACCCAGACAGCUACUGGGAGCCCAUAAACAACUGCUUGCUGAAUAUUGUGGGCUUUGUGAUCCCCCUCUGUGUAAUUACCUAUUGCACCGUGCAAAUCAUCAAAGCCCUACAAAGUAGUGAGCUGCAAAAGCUGAAGUUAGUCCAGACGGAGAGGAAAGCCACCAUGCUGGUCCUUGCCGUGCUCUUGCUGUUCAUCGUUUGCUGGCUUCCAUUCCAGAUCAGCACGUUCAUCGACACGAUCUGUUACCUCGUACCCACUUUCAAAUGCCUGGAAGAAAUUAAUGACAUAUUGACCCAGGUAGCGACGUACUGUGCCUAUAGUAACAGCUGCCUGAACCCAGUCCUGUAUGUAAUUGUGGGGAAGCACUUCCAGAAGAAGGCUGUGGAAUUCUAUAAGGACUUGUUCCCAAAGAGGUGCAGAAAAUCACAGUCUGUGCAGAUGGAAAACUCCCUGGACACUUUAAAAACUUCCAUUUCAAGUGAAUACACAAGGAAAAAGUCUGUUGUCCCUUUACCACAGUAGCACAAUUUGUUCAUUGCAGGAAAAAAGCUUUCUAACAUAUCAGUCUCCAAUAAUAUCCGUUUGCUACUGGUCCACAGAAUAAACGUGUGGUAGUAUUUGUCAUUUGUGUGAAACCAAUGGUUUGAUCUUGAUAGAAACUCGUUACAGGGACCUGCUUCUGAUGUUAUUGGACACAUGUCAUGAUUGAAUACUACUUUGUAGCAUAGUUACGUUUUCAUGGCAGAAUAAUAUUUGAUGCAUGUAUCAUUUGAAAUGUUUGCAUUUCUAUGGUGUACAUACAUGUAUAUACAGUUCUCUGAAUAGACCCCCAGUAUAAAAUGUGCUAUAUAUAUAUAUAUAUAUAUAGUCAGGAUUGGUACUUAUGUGGGUACUUAUGGUACCCACACAGUUUAUAAGAUUAGAUUUUUGGUUGGAGGGGCUUGUAUUUGAGUAAGUUCUGGUAAAGUAAUCCUGUAGGACUAUUAUUCAAAUGGAUUUUUAGGCGUGGCUAUCUUUGGGGCUUUUACUUUCUCUGUUCAGUCAUCCAAAACUGGUUUGAUUGAUUGAUUGAUUGACAAGCUGUGCCUUUUUGCAACUGCUCUGACCCUGCAAGUUCCAGGUUUGCAUCAGCUUGUAUGUAUGGAAAAUAGCUCAAAAAAGGUAAAUCAGUAGCAGAAAAAAGGCUGCAGUCAGCUGCGUGAAGUUAGCUGAGUUUUCUUUGUAGCAGGAGAUUCUUUCCCCCUUCUGCAUCGGGGUAAAAGCAUACACUUACUCCUUUUGAGUGAGUGAAUGUGCUUUACAUUCAUACCUACACUUCAGCUCAGAGACUUAGGUUUUAAUAUUCACAAAGCAUAAUUAAUAUUUGUAAUGUUAUUUAAUGGAAACAUAAAAGCUCAGCACAACUGGUAUAAUCUCACAAGUAGAAGAAACUGAGAAAAUGAAAGAGGGCAUCACCUAACUGCCUUAAAAAUCCGACUAAAGCUAACAGGAGUCUUGAAAGUUCAAAGCAUUCACAAAUGGCCUUUUCAGACUCUAAUAAUACCUACAUUUUAUUUGUAGAGUUAAUCUGAGUGAUUUUAAUGCAAGAUAGCUUUUCCCCAAUUGGACUAGGUUUGUGAUCUAAGUUGAGUUUACACGGAAGAUAAACUCACAGUGUACUGAAUUGUCAGUAUGCGCUUUUACCUCUAGGAACCUCGAUCGAAAACCGAGUUGGAGAUGAUCUAAAGUCUUCUAAAACUAACAGAGCCUUUGUUCUUUUCAAAGCGCUUAUGGUUACCGCCUUAAAACCACCAAGGGUAAUGGAGUUUGGUGACAUAAGUGACAUAAGUCAGACUGCUACUGCAUGGUCUUCAUUCAUCAGAGCUUGAAUGGAGCAAUGAAGUUCCAUUUAAGAUGGGAAAUUUGUAUUAAACCUUCAAAUAAUUGCAAUCCAAAAUGCUCUAGAAAUGCGCAAAUGGAAUGUAGAUCACUGCAGAUGAUUUAUGGACAAUUCCCAUAGGUUUUCUUUAAUAAUCCAGUAUAAUCCUAUGUCAUUAAUACUUCUAUUGUUCAUUCUUUAUAUUGCUGAAGACACUUAUGAUGAAGCACUGCAAGGCUUUCUGUUAUCUCUGGGGUUAUCUCCAGUGAGCAGCAUGCUGUUCAUGCAACCAUUAAAUAAAAGGAACUCCAUACAAAGUUUGUUGAGGCCAUAGAAGAGAUUUUUGAGUAUUUGGUACUGAGAAGUGAAAUAUAAAAAUGUUAUUAUAUUAAUAUGACAUUAAUUUAAAUCAUGUAAAUAUAUAGACACAUUAUUUUGCUAUGCAGAAAGCAUGUACAACAGAAAAUAAACUACUUAAAGAAA